UAAUCCAAUAUUAACAAAUGAGAACACAAAUAUUGAAAAUGAAUUUAUUGCUUUUUUUGAUGAUGUUGGAGGACCCGAAAUGGCACCAUCUCCUAUUACUCAUCAUGAUAUUGAAUCGGAUAGUACAAUUGAAAGUGACUCUAAUUUUGAAGAGCAUUUAAAAGAAGAUUAUGAAGAAACAGAUAUCACCAAUUAUGAAAUAGAUGAUGAUAAAAUAAUCGCUACAACUGAAAUUUUAGCCGAAAAUAAAAAAAAAGAUUUUCAUAAUAUUUGCUCUGUGGCAUUUUUAAAUCCAAUAACAUUAGAAAUUGAAGACUGUAAUAAACCUAGCACGCGAAGACUUUGGAAUUUAAUUGGAAAUUGGGAAAUAAAUUCAAAUUGUGUAGUUGAG